GCUGCAGAGGAUCCCAAGAAGAAGAAGCCAAGGCAAAGUAGCCCGGAGAGAAAGGCUGCAGAGGAUCCUAAAAAGAAGAAGAGGAAGCAAAGGCAAACUAGUCCGGCGAGAAAGGCUGCAGAGGAUCCCAAGAAGAAGAAGAAGAAGCAAAGGCAAAGCAGCCCGAGAGAAAGGCUGCAGAGGAUCCCAAGAAGAAAAAGCAAAGGCAAAGUAGCCCUACAGAGGAUUCUUGGGAAGAAGAAGCAAAGGCAAAACAGCCCGGAGAGUAAGGCUAUAGAGGAUCCCAAGAAGAAGAAGCAAAGGCAACCUAGCCCGGAGAGAAAGGCUGCAGAGGAUCCCAAGAAGAAGAAGAGGCAAAGGCAAAGUAGUCCGGAGAGAAAGGCUGCAGAGGAUCCCAAGAAGAAGAAGAAGCAAAGGCAAAGCAGCUCGGAGAGAAAGGUUGCAGAGGAUUCCAAGAAGAAGAAGAAGACGAAGCAGAGGCAAAAGAGUCCGGAGAGAAAGGCUGCAGAGGCUGCAGAGGAUCCCAAGAAGAAGAAGAAGAAGCAAAGGCAAAGUAGCCCGGAGCGAAAGGCUGCAGAGGAUCCCAAGAAGAAGAAGAAGCAAAGGCAAACUAGAAAGGUUGCAGAGGAUUCCAAGAAGAAGAAGAAGAAGCAAAGACAAAGUAGCCCGGAAAGAACGGCUGCAGAGGAUUCCAAGAAGAAGAAGAAGCAAAGGCAAACUAGCCCGGAGAGAAAGGCUGCAGAGGAUCCCAAGAAGAAGAAGAAGCAAAGGCAAAAAAGAAAGGUUGCAGAGGAUCCCAAGAAGAAGAAGAAGCAAAGGCAAAGUAGCCCGGAGAGAAAGGCUGCAGAAGAUCCCAAGAAGAAGAAGCAAAGGCAAAGUAGCGAGGAGAGAAAGGCUGCAGAGGAUCCCAAGAAAAAGAAGCAAAGGCAAAAUAGCCCGAAGAGAAAGGCUGCAGAAGAUCGCAAGAAGAAGAAGAAGCAAAGGCAAAGUAGCCCGGAGAGAAAGGCUGCAGAGGAUCCCAAGAAGAAGAAGAAACAAAGGCAAAGUAGCCCGGAGAGAAAGGCUGCAGAAGAUCCCAAGAAGAAGAAGAAGCAAAGGCAAAGUAGCCCAGAGAGAAAGGCUGCAGAGGAUCACAAAAAGAAGAAGCAAAGACAAAGUAGCCCGGAAAGAACGGCUGCAGAGGAUCCCAAGAAGAAGAAGCAAAGGCAACGUAGCGAGGAGAGAAAGGCUGCAGAGGAUCCCAAGACGAAGAAGAAGUGCAAAGUGGCCCGGAGAGAAAGGCUGCAGAGUGCAGAGGAUCCCAAGAAGAAGAAGAAGCAAAGGCAAAGUAGUGCGGAGAGAAAGGCUACAGAGGAUCCCAAGAAGAAGAAGAAGAAGCAAAGCCAAAAAAGUCCGGAGAGAAAGGCUGCAGAGGAUCCCAAGAAGAAAAAGCAAAGGCAAAGUAGCCCUGCAGAGGAUUCCAAGAAGAAGAAGCAAAAGCAAAGUAGUCCGGAGAGAAAGGCUGCAGAGGAUCCCAAGAAGAAGAAGAAGAAGCAAAGGCAACGUAGCCCGGAGAGAAAGGCUGCAGAGGAUCCCAAAAAGAAGAACAAGCAAAGGCAAAAAAGUGCGGAGAGAAAGGCUGCAGAGGAUCCCAAGAAGAAGAAGAAGAAGCAAAGGCAAAGUAGCCCGGAGAGAAAGGCUGCAGAGGAUCCCAAGAAGAAGAAGAAAAGGCAAAGUAGCCCGGAGAGAAAGGCUGCAGAAGAUCCCAAGAAGAACAAGCAAAGGCAAAGUGGCCCGGAGAGAAAGGCUGCAGAAGAUGCCAAGAAGAAGAAGCAAAGGCAAAGUAGCGAGGAGAGAAAGGCUGCAGAGGAUCCCAAGAAGAAGAAGCAAAGGCAAAGUAGACCGGAGAGAAAGACUACAGAGGAUCACAAGAAGAAGAAGAAGCAAAGGCAAAAUAUUGGUAGCCCGGAGAGAAAGGUUGUAGAGGAUCACAAGAAGAACAAGAAGCAAAGGCAAACUAGCCCGGAGAGAAAGGCUGCAGAGGAUUCCAAGAAGAAGAAGAAGCAAAGGCAAAGUAGCCCGGAGAGAAAGGAGAGAAAGGCUGCAGAGGAUCCCAAGAAGAAGAAGAAUCAAAGGCAAAGUAUUGGUAGCCCGGCGAGAAAGGCUGCAUUGGAUCCCAAGAAGAAGAAGAAGCAAAGGCAGAGUAGCCCGGAGAGAAAGGCUGUAGAGGCAAAGCCGCCCGAGAGAAAGGCUGCAGAGGAUCCCAAGAAGAAGAAGCAAAGGCAAAGUAGCCCUACAGAGGAUCCUAAGAAGAAGAAGAAGAAGAAGCAAAGGCAAAACAGCCCGGAGAAAAAGGCUAUAGAGGAUCCCAAGAAGAAGAAGCAAAGGCAAUCUAGCCUGGAGAGAAAGGCUGCAGAGGAUCCCAAGCAGAAGAAGAAGAGGCAAAGGCAAAGUAGUCCGGAGAGAAAGACUGCAGAGGAUCCCAAGAAGAAGAAGAAGCAAAGGCAAAGCAGCUCGGAGAGAAAGGUUGCAGAGGCUGCAGAGGAUCCCAAGAAGAAGAAGAAGCAAAGGCAAAGUAGCCCGGAGAGAAAGGCUGCAGAGGAUCCCAAGAAGAAGAAGAAGCAAAGGCAAACUAGAAAGGUUGCAGAGGAUCCCAAGAAGAAGAAGCAAAGACAAAGUAGCCCGGAAAGAACGGCUGCAGAGGAUCCCAAGAAGAAGAAAAAGCAAAGGCAAAGUAGCCCGGAGAGAAAGGCUGCAGAGGAUCCCAAGAAGAAGAAGAAGCAAAGGCAAAGUAGCCCGGAGAGAAAGGCUGCAGAGGAUCCCAAGAAGAAGAAGAAGAAGCAAAGGAAAAGUAGCCCGGAGAGAAAGGCUGCAGAGGAUCCCAAGAAGAAGAAGAAGCAAAGGCAAAGUAGCCGGGAGAGAAAGAUUGCAGAGGAUCCCAAGAAGACGAGCAAGGCAAAAUAG